AUUCACAGCUCGAGAGGUACAGCUGAAUUUAUUCGACUUCAUAACCAGCGUCUGGGUUCAAUGGCUGCCAGAGAUCGUUUUCACAUUUUUCCACACUUCACUUCUCCGACUCUUUUGAUUUUUCCACAAACAGCCGACCCCACUCCAGCUUGAGUUUUUGCUUGCGCACCCUUUGCUGUUGUUUGGAGGACAGUCACCAGAAUGCACUGUGGUGGUUUGUAGAGGUGACAAACGGUAGAAAGGGUGGAGGGAAUACUAACAGCAGACAUUUGGUUUAGCUUUUUUUGCGGUGAAAUAUUCCUGCUCCUUGCUGCACCUGCUCUUUGUUAGUGAACAGCAGUUUUUGGAUGAUGCUCCUCCAGACAUUCUGAUGACACCUUCAAUUUAAAUGACGACCUGACUCCAGCUCGCUGGAGAAGCCUCCCCCCUCCUCCUCCUUCCUUUUUUCCCUUACUGUUUCUCCAUCUACCCCUCUCUCUCUCUCUCCUCCCCCUCUCUCCUUCUUUCCCUCUGUGUUUUUCUCCUGAGACUUCCAGUUUUUGAACAGCACACUGUUCUUACCUACUGGCCCUUCACCCCACGCUCACGAAGAGAGAGAACCACAGAAGCCAUGCUUCCUCUCCGCCUACCCCUGUUGGCCGUAUUGAUCAGUGUGGCCCUGUGCCAGUAUUAUGACUACGACUACCAGCCUGUCUCCAUGCUAGGACCCUCAGGGCCCAACUGUAAUCAAGAAUGCGAGUGCCCAAUCAACUUCCCCAGUGCCAUGUAUUGUGACAGCCGCAAGCUCAAGUUUGUUCCCAUAGUCCCAACAGGGAUCAAGUACCUGUACCUGCAGAAUAACCAGAUAGAGGAGAUCAAGGCAGGUGUGUUUGAUAAUGUUACUGAAGGACUUCGCUGGCUGGUACUUGACAACAACCAGAUUACCAAUGCUAAGAUAGCAAAGGGCACAAUCGACAAACUCACAGGCCUUGAGAAGCUGUUCUUCAGCUACAACAACCUGACAGAGCCAGUCAUCCCUCCCUCAAAGUCCCUUGAUGAGCUGAAGAUGAUGCACAACAAGCUGUCCAAGUUCCCCUCUGGGCUCUUGACUGACAAGGAGAAUUUGACCUCCGUCAACCUUCAGCACAAUCAGCUGACCUCCGAUGCCAUCUCGGGGGCAUUCAAAGGGCCCAAGAAGCUGCUGUCCCUGGAUGUGAGCCACAACAAGCUGAAGAAGCUGCCAGCCGGAGUCCCCAGUUCGCUGGAGAUCCUCUAUGCUGACUACAACGACAUUGACGGUGUCGGAGCAGGAUACCUGAACAAGCUGCCCUCGCUGCAGUACCUGAGGAUCUCCCACAACAAGCUGGUGGACUCUGGACUCCCCGCUGGAGUGUUCAAUGCAUCAUCACUGGUGGAGCUGGACCUGUCUUUCAACAAACUGCAGUCCAUCCCUGAGAUCAACGAGCAGCUGGAACAGCUCUACCUCCAGGCCAACGAGAUCAAUAAGUUUGAACUGGCAAGUUUCUGCAAGUUCACUUCACCCGUCAACUUUUCCCGCCUGAAGCAUCUGCGUCUGGACGCCAACAAUGUCACACAUAGCAGCAUGCCCCCUGACUAUGUCAACUGCCUGCGCCUUGCUUCAGAUAUCAUGUUUGAAUAAGGACCCCCCCCAAAAUCCAUGACCUUUCCAUGACCCCCUUAUCUGCAGCUCAGCCCAAAGCCUUCUGGAUUUAAAUGUCAUAGUAUCCCUUCUUUCAAAGUACUCACAUGUCUUUGCACAUAAGUAGUAUGCACAUCUGGGAUAUUUUAAUGGGAUCUUACGUACAUUAAAUAUAUAUUUUGAGUAAAUCAAGAGCUGAGCAAAUCUGAGAUACAAUCAAUGGAAAGACAAGCUAUCAAGAAUUUUGCCAGCGUUUUUGCAACACAUUCAAUCAGAUUGUUAAAUUCAACAAGAAUCAAACAAGUGUUUCAAAUAUUUGGCUCUAGAUAUGAAUAAAUAUUCUCACUGUUGAAAUAAGUAUGAAGGCAAAAAAAAUGUAAGUAAAAAAAUAAAAAAAAUAUAUAUAUGAAACAUAAAUAGCCAAAAGUUCUUUAAAUAGAAAAGAAUUCAUGGUAAAACACACACUUUAAACAUUCCAAACAUUUGAUUAUAAUGAAUACAGACACACUGGAGUAAACAAUGGCUCCAAUGUCUCAAUUCAAUGCUAGUGUUAUGUUGUUGUCCGUUUUGUGUGUUCCAGUGUUUAGCAUGUAUAAUAUAAUGUGGGUACAGUAAUUAAUCCAUUGCUGUGCAAAGGACCAGCAAAUAAGGACUGCCUAAUGUGAGAAAUGAUGAACAAAUGUAAAAUAGCAGUUACAUAGCAGUCACAUUUUCCACAUCUUGAACAAAUCAAAGUGGCUUUAAUGAAAAUACCAGUGCUAUUUACUCAUGUUUGCCAUUGAAUGCCUUCUUCAAAUUCAAAUGGUGCCAAGUCCCACUCAUUGACGUCUUGGAACUGUUAAGUAAAAUUUCUGUUUAUGAAGUACUUGGGGUUGAAAGGUACAAUAAAUGACACAUGAUUAAAAGACAGUGGUUAUUAUCUUUGAAACAACUUUGCUCAGUUAAACCUUGAGAUUACAGUAUGAUGUUUUCUUGAAAUCACAAGUCACGUUGUUUCUUUACUUUAGCUAAUUCCUAGCUGUCUACUGUCAUGCGCAUUGCUGAUUUGUAUACAACAUUUGCAUUACUUGCAUGCAACCAAUGGUACCAUUCUUUGAUAAUAAACUACAGCUUUUGCAGUUAAGGUGCUUUCAUUGUUACGUUGUUGUUUGCCAUGUCUGAUAAAUGCUUCUUACCAUUACAAAGUCAACUUGGCAGCAGUGUCACGUUGACUGAAGUUAUGCUAUUAGAAUAAUGCUGUUUCGGUAAUUUUUCAUUUCAUUGAUUUGUUUUCUGGCCUUUGACUCAGUAACUGGAUUUGAACUUGGAAUUACUGUAAGGAAACCAAACACAGUUGAAUAAACUAUAUUUCCAACAUAUUUGUAUGAUAUCACUUUUUAAUCCUGCUCUAAUUAACUUCUAGCAUGUACUGAAAAACCAAUUAAUAAAGUCACCUCAUUUGACUGAGCAGAAAUGCAAGUUGCAUAUAGCCACAGUAGCCAGGCAUCCCUUAUCCAUUAUAUUUAGCUAAUAGUUUAUGAUUCAUUAAAUGCUACAUUAAUUUUUUGUAAAUCUGUAAUUAGCCCCUAAUAAAGACUUUUUUUUUUUGCUUGA